CUAAAGAUGGUCACAGUACAACGAAGCUGCCCGAUGAGGCAAGAUCUGGUGAGCAACAUUCGUUUGAAGAGAUUCCUGCACCACAUCCAACUAAUGAACAACCCAGAGGCCUUUUAAACAUAUUCAAACAAACCAAACCAACAAAGACGCUGAUGAAAGCUAUUUCAAGGACUGUUUCUCUAGACUGCAACAAGAAAAAAAUGGCUGGUUUAACUCAUCAGUUGUUGUCAGUUGCAGUUGUUCUUGGAGCCAUUCAACUCAUCAGUGCUUACAGCUUUAAGAACUGCAUUGCAAACCCAUACUCCAAUGGAAAAGCUUUCAAAUGCAUUGAUCGAAAGGAAAAGAACAUGACUGCAAUUAUAAAUGACCUGCCGCCAUCUGUCAUCAAUCUCACCAUCUCCAAUAAUCCUGUGUGGCACAUUCCCAACAACAGCUUUGUUCAUCUACCGAAGCUUCAGCACCUCAUAUUAGAUCAUAACCAAUUGAGGAUCAUCGAUCAAUAUGCUUUCAAAAACUUGCAUCAACUUCAGUCUCUAAAUUUGUCUUUUAACAUCAUAUCAGAACUCAACCCUUCUCUGUUUGAGGACCUUCACAACCUCACCUUUCUCUCGCUGACAAACAACAAAUUAAAGCAGCUCCCUGAAGGCAUUUUCUCUGCCACUCUCAAUCUAAACACUUUAAUCAUGAGACAAAACCUUCUGACAAAUUUCUCAGGGAUCGCUGAGUCUGUGUCACGGCUAUUAAAUCUGAAGAUACUAGACCUCUGCUUUAACAGUCUGACCUCUCUUAGCCACUCAAAUGUGUCACUACCCAAAUCCCUCACUAUUUUAUACAUAUGUAGAAAUAAUUUGUCCACAUUAGCAUGUAAACAUUCAUUUCUCAGGUCCAUAAUGAUACUAGAUUUGUCAUACAAUUCUAGGCUCCCUACAAUGGCUUUUCAAGGAGUGGAUUUGAGGCAUAUAAACUAUCUCCGUUUGCGUUCAACAAGUGUCAAGAUAGCGGAGUUUUUGAACAUCAGUAACAUCAGUGCAGGUCAUGUUGAUUUCUCUGGCACAGGUCUAAAAAGUGACAGCCUGCUAAUAGAGCUAUGCAGAUUGUUAAAGAAAAAAACAAAAUGGAUUAAAAAUCUGCACCUGGAUCUUAAUGGCAUUAAGAAUCUAACAAACUACACAUUCCACUAUUGUCCUAAAAUCACAGGGGCUCUGGAUCUAUCCCGCAACGAACUGAAAAGCACAAGCUGCCUUAACUUUCUCAACAGCCAGACGUACAUAAAAAGCUUCAGUGCAGAGCAUAACCAUCUUAUCUCCCUCCAGUCCUGUAAAACACAAAAGAGGGUUUAUUUCAAAGACUUGGAAGAGCUGAGCUAUCGCUACAACCGCAUCCUCUCAGUGAGUUCUUAUGCUUUCUACCAGACACCAAAUAUCAAGACACUAAAACUUAACAUAAACUCAAUUUCUUUUCUCCAUCAAAAGGCUCUCAAAGGGCUAAAAAGGCUUGAGACACUCCGUUUGGACAAUAACCUCUUAACUGAUUUGUUCAAUGUGACCUUUGAAGAUAAUUUCAAACUGCAAACCCUUAACCUACGCAACAACCGUAUUUCUGUAAUUUUUAAUGGGACCUUCCUCAGACUCACAAAUCUAACUACACUGGAUCUUGGAGGUAAUAAGAUCACUCAUUUUCAGCCAUCAGGUCUCGAUGGACUACAAAGUCUGUCCAAACUCUAUCUAGACGGAAACAACCUCAGACAGAUUGACACUUCCCUCUAUCAUGUAUUUCAAGAUACACUUACAGUGCUGGAUUUACAAGGUAAUAAGAUUAGCUUCCACAAUGAAAAAAUCCCUCCACCAUUUAUCAAUCUCAGCAAACUCAGUGAUUUGAAAUUGGACAAGCAGCAACCUUAUGGCCUGACAGUUUUACCCCGCACUCUUUUCCGUGGCCUCCACUCACUGAAAUCUCUGUAUCUCACCAACAACAACAUCUUUCAUCUUCCUCCUGAUGCAUUUGAUGAUCUGACCAGCUUGCGUUUCCUCACACUGGAGAAUUGCUGUGUUGGGGUGACAAAACUAGAACCGGGAAUCUUUAAAAAUCUGAGAAAUUUGACCAGAUUUAUUCUAGAAAACAUGGGCAUUCAGAACUUCUCAAAGGAGGUUUUUGGGAAUCUUACACAGUUACGCACACUGCAGCUUAACCGCAAUGUGAUGCAGAGCAUUAGUGUAGAUGCACUACAAAGUCUACCUAAACUCCAAUACCUUGACAUACGUAAUAUUCCUUUAAGCUGCACCUGCCAGAACAGCUUGCUGCAAAACUGGACAAAAUAUGACCAAAAGGUCCAGGUAGUCUACCUCUACAAUCUGUCAUGCCAACAUGAUACAAAAUUCAAAUUCUAUAACUUUGAUACCAAAGUUUGUUACAUAGAUCUAGGAGAGUAUCUGUUCUUCAGCACAGCGGCUGUGAUUUUCCUGUUAACAAUCAUUCCUUUGCUGUAUGUCAAACUCUAUUGGAAAAUGAAGUAUAGCUACUAUGUGUUCCGUUCAUGGUUUAGUGAGCAGUGGCGCAGACUCAGAGAAGAGGAGGAAAACUGCAAAUACGAUGCAUUUAUUUCCUAUAAUUCCUCUGAUGAACAAUGGGUCAUGGACCACUUGCUGCCCAACCUGGAGGGAAACGGAUCAUCUUUUAAACUUUGCCUACAUCACAGGGACUUUGAACUGGGCCGAGACAUUGUGGACAACAUCGUCUCUGCUGUGUACAGCAGCCGUAAAACUAUUUGUGUGGUGAGCAGGAAUUUCCUACAAAGUGAGUGGUGUUCUCUGGAAAUCCAGCUCGCCAGCUACAGACUCUUCGAUGAGCACCGGGACGUUCUUCUGCUCGUGUUUUUGGAGCCAAUCUCUGAGAGGCAGCUGUCAUCCUAUCACCGCAUGAGGAAAGUCAUGCUAAAAAAGACUUAUCUGCAGUGGCCUGGCCCUGACUGCACUAACCCAGAGCAGGCCCAAGACCUGUUUUGGAAUCACCUACGUAGGGCAAUGAGAACGGCAAGCCGACUGAAAACAGAAGAAAGUGCCAAAAGUGAAGGUUGUGUUACUGCAGAAAGUGAGGAAACUGAACAUUGUGAGACAUCAGAUGAAAACUAUUACUUGCUCCCGUAAAAGAUUUGAGAUUUUGUUUGUAAUUUAGUAAAGAUAAACCCUUCACUAUGUUAAAUGAAUAAUACAAGUCUCUGCUGCAGGGAGAGGGUCAUAAAAAUAUGGUGUGAAUGUACAGUGUGAUGCAUUGUAAGACUAACAAUAACAUCAUUUAUACAAGCAAGAAUCAGCAGUGUUAUUUAAUACCUUGUGAUCAGUCCAGUUCUAUCUUUAGCAAUGCUUGAUGUACAAUUGCAUUUAAAUGUCGUCCACAUACACAAAAAAAUAUUAUAUAGCUUUCACAAUAGUACAGCUUUGCUAAAAUUACUGCUCUGCACAGAAUUCCCUAUAACACACCUGUUAAUACAAUUCUACAUAUUAAGAUGUAAACAAUACAUUAUUGUGUGUUUCUUUGUCUAAUAAAUGGCACAAAAGAAUAAAAGAGGUAACUCUUCAG